AUGAACUCCUCAAAAAUUGUGAAGAGAUCCACCAAGCCUGCUGCACCUGCUCAGGGUAGGAAGAUACCAGCGCAAUCUACGUGUCCAGUCACUCAAGAGAAUUGCGCUGUCUCUGCGAAGCAAAAACAGCUUGAUACCAAUGCUGAGGAAAUGGAGAUUGCAAAGUUGAAGAGGCUACUGGUGCAGAAGGAGAAAGCUCUACAAAAGCAAGGGGUUCUCCUUGAUAAGACCAAUGAACAUCUGGAAAACCUUGAGCAGGAACUGGAUGACAACUAUGCUUCUAAGCAUAAUGGUCGGUCCAGACUCUUCCUGGAGAGCGAAGAUGAAGAUGACGAAGAAUCUAAUAUGAUCUUUGCAUCAGCGGCACGUUCUUUAAUCAGAAUGAAAGGCGUCGUUCCAAUUGAUGCGCCUAAGACCUUACGCCGAUGA